AGGUAUCAAUGGUUAGCUGGUAAUGCUGGUACACACUUCUGGCACGCCCAUACAGGAUUACAGAAGAUGGAUGGUUUGUACGGCAGCAUUGUUAUACGUCAACCUCCUUCCCACGAUCCCAAUAGCCAUCUUUACGACUAUGAUCUCACCACUCAUGUAAUGCUCUUAAGUGACUGGAUGCACGAAGCUGCUGCGGAAAGAUUCCCAGGAAGAUUGGCGGUUAAUACUGGACAAGAUCCCGAAAGCUGCUUGAUUAACGGAAAAGGACAAUUCAGAGACCCUAACACUGGAUUUAUGACCAACACACCUUUGGAAGUUUUCACCAUCACUCCUGGCAAAAGAUACAGAUUCAGAAUGAUCAACUCGUUUGCUUCAGUUUGUCCCGCUCAAUUGACAAUCCAAGGUCACGAUUUAACGCUUAUAGCUACUGACGGUGAACCAGUACAACCAGUUAAAGUUAAUACUGUUAUCUCAUUCUCAGGGGAACGAUACGAUUUCGUUAUAAAUGCUGACCAAGCACCAGGAGCCUACUGGAUCCAAUUAAGAGGUUUGGGAGAGUGUGGUAUUAGACGAGUUCAACAACUUGCUAUCCUGAGAUACGCUAGAGGUCCUUACCAGCCAUCAUCAGCACCUCCAACCUACGAUUUUGGUAUAAGACAAGGAGUGGUUCUUAAUCCUUUGGAUGCAAGAUGUAAUGAAGUAAGAGCAGACGCCAUUUGUGUCAGUCAACUUAAAAAUGCUAGGAAGAUUGACGAAGGACUCUUGCAAGAAAGACCAGACGUUAAAAUUUUCUUACCGUUCAGGUUCUUCGUCUACAGUCCUCAAGAUUUGUAUGCUCCUAAUACGUACCAGAGACAUUUAGUCGCACCAAGCGGUGACCCCGUAUUGAGUUUAAUUGAUGAAAUCUCCUAUAUGGCUCCUCCAGCUCCAAUUAUUUCACAGUACGAUGAUAUCGAUCCAGAGCAAUUCUGUAACGGAGAUAACAGACCUGCAGAUUGUGGUCCCAAUUGCAUGUGCACACACAAAGUUGAUAUUCCUUUAAAUGCCGUCGUGGAAGUAGUAUUAGUAGAUGAAGUACAACAACCCAAUCUAAGUCAUCCAUUCCACUUACACGGUUACUCCUUCAAUAUCAUCGGUAUUGGCAGAUCACCGGACCAGAACGUAAAGAAAAUUAACUUAAAACACGCUUUGGAUCUCGACAGACAAGGUCUCUUACACAGGCAGUUCAAUUUACCUCCUGGCAAAGAUACCAUAGCUGUACCUAACAACGGUUACGUAGUGUUAAGAUUCAGAGCAGACAAUCCAGGAUUCUGGCUAUUCCACUGUCACUUCUUAUUCCACAUCGUUAUUGGAAUGAACUUGGUAUUCCAAGUUGGUACCCACAGAGAUCUUCCUCCAGUUCCGCCAAAUUUCCCUACCUGCGGUGACCACCUACCACCAAUUAACUUCGAUUCUAACUAUAUUAAGUAAUGAUUAGACUAUCUUGUUAACCAUUUUGUUUUUCCUUUCCUAUAGUUAAAGUGAAUUAAUCAAAAACAUAUCAAAUCAGUAAGGAAUUGUAAUCAUAGAGUGCAAAUGAUAGAAUACUAGUAACAUAGAACAAUCAUUCCCAGUGAAGUUAGGCUUAACUUAUUACCUGCUUAGCCUUCAGAUCAGUACUUACUACACAGAUUGACAGUAUUAAUUGUUUAAUAAAUUUUACUUAUAUAACUUUUAUUAUUUAUUUUAAGGGCACUUUAGCCUCGAUUGUUUACGAUUGAAAAUACACGAUGGUAAGUAAAUUCUCGUUCUGAAUGAUUUCAAAUUUGAUCAUUUGAGGAUAUCUUUAAAGAUUCCUCUGGUAACGGGAUUUUCAUAGAAACUUCUUUUGAAGCAGUGCUCUAAUGACUAAAUCCUUCAGAUUAUUCCAGUUUUAAGUUUCCUCUCUAUCAUUGGCCUGGAAAAUCCAAUCCACGUGUUCUGUAAAUCAAUUAGCUUUUUAUACAUCUUGUGCCAACUCCCAUUCUCCUUUCUGAUGCAUAGGUUAUAUGUAGUAGGUCAUUUUAAUCGUUUUGUUGUAUUCUAUAGUGACCUUUGUAUUUGCUUUAUUUUCAUAGCCUCCUAGUUUUAAAUCAUGUCAACUCAUCUACUUGUUUAUUCUUUAGAUCGCAUACCUUGCUAUGAUUAUAAUACCCAGUGAUGAAUAUAGAUUAUGGACAGAUUUUUUCGAAGUUUGAAAUUUUUAUUUUGAUUUUGAUUAAUUCACUGUACUUAUUUUAAACAUUUAUAUAAAAAGUUACCUUUAUUAAAUUUGUUGGUAUUUUAUUUAUUGAUUAAAAAUUAAAAUUUUUGAUCUUGCCAUCACAAAAAAACUGUUAUAUUAAUUCUUCGUUAUUGUAUCUAUGUUAAAUAUAAUUUAUGUAUUUAUAAAGUGGCGCCAUAAUAUAUAAGAAUAAUGUAUAGUAUUAUAGUAUAUUUAAAUGUUAUACUAGCUUCCCAUAAUCAAAAUUUCCGAAAUAUAAAUACUAGAAGAUUGGUGCUAUAAUCUGUAGAUAUUAGCAAAUCUUAUAAGAAGUAUUUAAAUAGCACGUAAUGCUGAUUUCUUAUUUAGAUACGGUGUGUACUUUUACAGAAAACAUUUUUAUAGCCACUCAAGGGACUCUAUCCACAACUAUCAACCUAAAACUUUUAUCAAGUAUUUGUUUUUUUUUGCAAGCUUAUCAUAUAUUUCCUUCUAUAGUUCUAUUAAACUAACAUGAAUUUCUUAAAUUGGUCUGAAACUCUUUCUUAAAGACAUGUGGUAUUUUUUAUUAACCAUUAACUACAAUUUUUAAACCUUCCACUUUUCUACUGACCUAAAAUCUCCCAACAGUUGAGAGAGACGUGGUGGAAACCCUAUGGUUCAGUACUUGAGCAUAUUCCACUCCUUCCCAUACUACUCCUAGAGUCCUACUCUCUCUAACGUUAUUUUAACAAUAUUACGUCCCAAAAAUAAUGACGGAUGUUUACGAAUUUCGUGAAUAUGAUCUCUGCUUUUUUCUGCUCACCUUUCAGUUUCUGUUUUUCUGUGAUCACUUUCUCAAUCAUUUAUAUUCGCUAGUUUAAAAUAUUUCUCAGCAUGGAGGAUUAAUUCGUCAGUGAUCUCUGAUAAACCCCUGAUAAAAUUUUCUUGGAUUGGUCUUGUUUUGGUUUUGUAAAGCAUGUAUUUAUCUUUAAAAAAAUUUAGAACUGGGAAAAUAAGUCUAGCUAGUAAGAUAGAGUAAAAGGUAUAAAAAUUUGUGGACAACGCUUGAACCAUUUAAGGUACGCUGAUGAUAUCGUAUUGAUAACUGAACUUAACAAAGAGAACCAAACAGCAGAGAUAAAGAGACAGUUAGACUGGCAUGGGCGGCAUUUGGCAAACUAGCUACAUUCUUAAAAACAAAAGAUAUCCACAACAUCUUCAGACCCACAAGUGGUUCUUACUUGUGGUUCCCAAACGUGGACUUUUACAAAAGCAAACAUGGACAAAAUCAUAAAAUCCCAAAGAGCAAUGGAAAGACAAAUGUUGCACAUAAGACUAAUGGAUAAAAAGAGAAACGAGUGGAUAAGAGAGAAAACAAAAGUGAGGGAUGUUAGACAAGAAGUUGCAAAAUUGAAAUGGAGAUUUGCCGGACACAAUAUAAGACAAAAAGAAGACCGAUGGAACAAAAUUCUCUUAUAAGUUGGAGACCGUAGGAAUAUAAACGAAGCAGAGGAAGGUCCAAAUGAGAUGGGCAGAUGAUAUCAAGAAGUACGUGGGCUCUAGGUGGAUGACUGUAGCGACAGACAGAGAAGAAUGGAAAAGGAUUGGGGAGACCUAUGUCCAAAGAUGGACCGAAGAAGGCUAAUUAGAUAGAUAGAUAGAGUAAGAUAGGGUACAUAAUAAUCAUUUACUAUAGAGCAGCGUUUCCCAAAUGGUGGGUCCUGAUCUAGUACCGGGCCACGAAGGCUGAGGAUAAAAUUAACAUCAUUUCCCCCAAACGUGAAGCUUCUAGUUAACCAGAAACAACUACAUACUAUCAUUAAUAAAGUAUUUGAUUUUUAUUCUGUUUUGAACCUGAAUAUUAUUAAUUGAUUUAAUGUUAUAUAAGUUUUAUAACAUAUAACAUGUAUUAUAACCCCAUUUGUCAAUUUUUUUUCAAAAAAUUAUUCACUUUCUCAACUUUUCAUCCUCUGUACUUUUUGAAAUCUCUUUUAUUUUAUAAACAGGCUUUAAUACUUAAAAAUCGUUCUAAUUGUAAGGUUUUUACAUAUACUAUAUUUUCAUCUAAGCACUCUUUUUCAUCUGCAUCCUCUUUUCAGCUCAUUGAUAUACGAAAAUGAACGUAUUUUCGGCCUAUACUUGUUUAGUAUUUUUUAAUUUUGAUUCUCUGUGUUAUACCUUUGCCUGAGAUCUUUAGUAUGUUGUUCGUUUCCAUACUGAUUCUCCUGCAAUAUCUUUGACUAUCUUCAUUACACAAGUUUCCAUUAUGCUUAUGUUCUCAUUAUAUUCACAGUAUCGAGUAUUUUGUCUGCAGUGGACGCCAAAUAUAUGCCUCGGAAUCUACUCUUGCCUGGGAAAUCUCAGCCAUUGUAUCUUCUGUAUUAUCUUCGUAAUUAUAACAUUAAUUAAAAAUAUUUAACUAGAAAUAUUGCAUUUAACAUGAAUUGAGUUGAGUGGUGUGUAAAAAUGUAGAUAAUCCGUUGAUUUUCGGUUUAAGUACACGCAAUAUCAAAUAAUAAGCCCAGUUAGAAUUUUUGAUGGUUAGAUUCAUGUGCGACACCUAAUUAAAACAGUAUUACCUAAUUUUGCUCAAUGUUAAUAAAAAUUAUUAUAAAUUUAUAACCAAAACAAAACUUUAUUGGUAUACAAUUUGUUUUAUGCUAUCUAUUCUGCAGUUUCUAGCGAUUUCGUAGACAACUGUAGACUAGAAAUUAACAAACGUUUUAUAUAAUCACGUAAUUGUCAUAUAUAAAUAAAGAUAGAAGAUAUUUCAGCUAUUGAAAAGUAGGUAGCUGUGUAUCUUACCAUUUAUGUAACUACAAUGAUAUGUUUAUAUUUUUAUUAUACAUCUUAAUUCUUCUCUUCUUCUUUAGGUAGCGUCUCCUCUAAGGAGGUUGGUAAUCAUCACAGCUAUUUUCAUUUUUGAGAUUGCAGCUCUGAACAAGUCAAUGGAACUGCAAUUAUACGACUUUCUCAGAUUGUUGAGCCAGGAGAUACGUCUUCUUCCAAUACUUGUGGCCAAGAUAUUGUAACUUUCUUAUCUUAAUCGUAUUCAUGAUUUCUAUUUCCUUUGUUAUCUUUCUGAGGAGCUCAACAUUUGUUAUUCGGUCUACCCAACUUAUUUUUAAUAUUCUUCGGUAGGUCUACAUCUCGAAUGCUUCAAGUUGAUCGCUCACCUCUUUCUUUAAGGUCCAGGCCUCCACCCCAUACAGCAGCACCGAAAACACAUAUGAACGUAAUGUUCUUAUUUUGAGUUGCAAACUAAGGUCUCUACUGCAUAAUAUUCUUUCAGCCACGAGUUCUGGCGUCUUUUAACUGAUCUUUUGCUAUGCACUUUACCUUCCAAUAUGAUUUGGAGUAAUUCAUCUCUUUCACUUCUUAACACAAGACCCAAGUAUUGUAUUCUGCUCUCUUUGGUUAUGCUCAGUAAUUCUUUUUCUUCACUCGAUUUACUUGUUUCUCUAAUAAUUCAUAUUUUUACAUUUUUAGGUCAUUUGACAAACGGAUACUCGAUAUAAGUACGUUUUUUUUUUAAUGUAAUCAGGUAGUUACAUAAAUGGUCCAUUUAUCUUUGAAUAUUAUAACUCUUGUCUGUUUUAUGGAAGACAAUUAUAUGUAAUAAAGCGCAUACUAAUGAAAACGCGCCCAAGAAUAGCUACAGUAUUGUUAUAUUUUGUUAAUUAGUACAUUUUUUGUUAUGUUUUUAGAAUGUAAUGUUUAUUUCCUAAAAUUUUCCAUACCACCUUCAACUUCCACAAUUCCGUCCUCUAGUCUUUGCCGUCUCAGUAACAAUAGAUACUUUGUAAUGUUUUGUAUGGUUUUAAAAUAUUUGUAUAAAGUUAUUAAUAAAAAUAUGCAUAAUGUAUAU